ACUUUCUAGCUUUGUCAAAGGGAGGUUUCUGUUUCAGUAGCGUAGACGUGUCGACAUUGACCGGAUGAAAUGGGUCCCAAUCCACCUAUAAUGUCGCUGUUCGUCUAAUUAACAUCACAUCCGCCCGGGAAGCCAGUGAAUAUACAACAAUAUAUACCAUGCCAGGUCAACGGCAAAAAGUCUUGAAUAUACUAGGACAUCGGACGAAAUUAAACUCUAAUCAACUUCUACCGGCAACUCCGGCUUACAAGUCGACAGCACCUUCACCUUGUACACCGAAUGAAUCGGCUGCAAGCAUGGAUUUUCUAAUAUCGCCCGUUCCCGCAAACCUUCAAACUCCGAUGAACAGUUCGUUUGCUACACCACUUUCGCAGGAACGUUUACAAGUAAAGCGAAGGCUCGAUCUGGACUUGGACGAUGUUACGCCUAAGAAGAAGCGUGCCCGCCCUCUCUCCACCUCCCCUAGAGGUAUGAUUGACCCGGAUGACAGAUCAAAGUCGCCGUUUGGAACGUCGCGAUACGAUACAUCUUUAGGCCUAUUAACCAAGAAAUUCGUUCAACUCUUGCACGAAUCGCCUGAUGGCAUUCUCGACUUAAAUGAAGCGUCCAGUAUGCUCGACGUCAAGAAACGUAGGAUAUACGAUAUUACCAAUGUUUUGGAAGGGGUUAAUCUGGUCGUCAAGAAAUCUAAGAAUAAUAUUCAGUGGAUUGGUGGAUUGAACAGUUUGAUGUUUUUCGAAAAUCAGCAUAAUGGCGGCUCGAAUGCCGAUCAUAACUUUCACUCUUCCGACGUUUUUCGGCUACGUAAUGAGCUGACAAGUUUACGGCAGCAGGAAGCACUUCUAGAUGAACUUCUUAACGAGUGUAAACUGAAUUUGGAUAGGAGUACGGAAGAUCCCAAUCAAAGCCAAUAUAGUUAUAUAACGUAUCCGGAUAUAAGAGGAUGCGAAUGCUUUGACGACGAGACUGUAUUUGCCGUUAGAGCCCCACCAAAUACUAAAUUGGAAGUUCCCGAUCCAACAACGGACGGUUUUUCAAUGUUUCUGAAGAGUUCGAAAGGGCAAAUUCAAGUAUUCCUCUGUCCCGAGGGUAAUUCUAAAGCUAUUAGAGCGCAAGCCGAUGAAUGUAGAGAACCAUCACCCAUGCCCGAUUUGGGUAGUUGUCUUCAAGAUACAAAUACGGUUAUUCCUAUUCAUAUAAAACCGGAACCUGACGAAGAUGGUUCCACGGCCUAUGCCUGCCCAGGUAAUGUCAAGCGAAAGUCUCUGCCUAACUUAGUAGGAGUCUGUAAUGGCGAUGAACAGGAUGGUGAAACGUUCAAUUUGGGUAUGACGAUCGACGCAGAUCCAGCCUUGAGGAAUGCUCUACUAUCAGCCCAAGAUAUCUCUCCCGAAUCAACCAACAACCUCUUCUUCCAAACGGACGAUCAAAACAUGCAGAACCUCGAUGCUCAUUUUGAACAACUCGAACCGUCAUUAACAGACGAUGACUACAUUUUCUCGCUCGAACCGGAGGAAGGUUUGAACGAAUUAUUCGACUUUGAUAUACCAAGGUGUUAG